AGACAGAGACAGGAUGAAAGAUUUCAAAAGUUCCGUCUCACACUCAGAGGGUCCCAGGUUAGAUGUUGUCUCACCUCCUCAUCCACAAUGAAGCCACGCUGUUAUUUUGCUUUUACUUUCCUGUACGCCCUCUCUCUCUUCUCUCCUAUGCUUUCCAUACAGUGCAAUCAGACACAAUAUCCCUGGCCAGUGGACAACCCCUUGUCGUGCUGUAACAGGUGCCGACCAGGUGAAUAUAUGAUGCGGCGUGCAUUCAAGAGUUGUGAAAUUACGUGUCAAGCCUGCCCAGAGAACUUUUAUUCUGAUAACUACAAUGUGGAGAUGGCCUGCAAUUUGUGUUUAAAUUGCACUAAACCAAACAUGGAGUUUGAGUCAAAAUGUAACCCCGCUCAUCCGGCUGUGUGCAGAUGCAAAGCUGGCUACAAAUGCAAAGACCAACCCUGCACACAGUGUGUGCCAAUGCAGACCACUACCCCUACAGCUGUGAAACCUGUCACCCUCACCACACUCUGGGUACCCUCUAAACCACUCAGAGAUACUGUGUGGUUCCUGGUGAUAAUUGCCCUCCUUUGUGCAGGAUUUGCACUAAUUGUUGCAACAAAAAUCAAGCCAUUUCUGCGCUGGAUCAGAUCCAAGCACGGCUACUUUUUGGCUUCAAAAGCUGCAAUGGUACCACCAUGCUCCCAGGACGAUGAAGUAUCCACGCCUGUCCAGGAAGUGUGUGGGAAAUGUGACCAACCUAUUGAUGUAUGAGUUAAGAACUAGAGCCGGAACUUGGAUUAGCAAGUAUUUGACAGGUGGACAUUUAGUCACACACACCAGAUGCAAAAAAUCUCUUGUUGCUUUGGACUUCAUGACAAAGGGAAGCAAAAGUCACUCGGCCCACGCUGACGAAUGGAGCCACAGAAAACAAUUGUUUCAAGAUCGAUGCUGUGACUGACAUCUGUGACUUUGAGGUGAUAAAAGUGUAUAUAACACAGAGAGUGUGACACUGUGACGGUUAUGCAUGAGUUGUGCACUAUGUUGUGGUAUGUACUAUAGUACACAAAAGUUAAAGAUAUUUUACAAUCUUUACAUUUAUAUAUAAAAAAUUUUUUGAUCAGAUUAUUCAUAUCACGUUAAAGUUUUUUUUAACUUACAUACAUUUCUACUUUAUUCUUCUUCAAAAUAAAAUUUUAUUGUGAUCAA